GAAAUAUGCUGCAAAAGUCCAUCUCUAAUUCAAUAAUAUAAUUUGACUUGUAGUUUGCACUUGUUUCACUAAUAUUUACUUGAAAUAACAGCAAGAUGUCGAAUAAAAUUCAAGUUUCCCUUCCCGAGGAAGAACUGGAUUGGAUUCAAUUGCGCCAGGAUCUAGGACCUGUGGCCGAGGUGGAGACCACAAAGGAGAAGCUUCAGCGCAAAAUAAAGGAGAACCCACUGGUUCCACUGGGAUGCCUGGCCACAACAGCGGCGCUUACAGCCGGCUUGUACAACUUUCGAACUGGCAACCGCAAGAUGUCGCAGAUGAUGAUGCGCACUCGAAUCGCCGCUCAGGGCUUUACCGUUCUGGCUUUGGUUGUCGGCGUCGUCAUGACUUACACUGACAAAAAAUAACUAUAACGAUAAUCGUAUCAACCCAAAUAUAAUAGGCUGAAUUUAAAUUCUGUUUUGUUAUUUUAAGCACCUUGUUAUAAAAAUUACCACCUACAGCUACUAGCUUAUAUAAAUGUUAAAUACAUGCUACCUUUUAUAUAGUUAGUAUCUUAAAGAUACCUGAAAAACA